AAGAAAGGCCAAGGAGUCCUUCAACGCCAGUAUCAGUCAUGAGACCCAGGAAGCAGAGGUGUAUACCUACACCUUCCACUACUCCUGCAUCUUCACAUACAAAAGAUGCGACCUCUACUCUUGCACAUAAAAAACAAAAAUUACAUUCUCCAGCAAGUAAAAAGUGCCUUACCUUUGCUGAUGUUCCCUUUCAUUUACCUGAGCACAGUGGAAAAGAUGAUCAAAUGCAGAGUCAAGGGAUGAAGCAGGGAAAUUUUGUGUCAGACUCUGCCAAUUGUAAAUUGCUUACCGUACAUUCAGGACGUAAAUCAAGAUCACUCUCAAGCUCUAAGUCCAGUGUAUACAAUGCUGACAGAAGCAGAAAAACAUGUCAUUCACAAAGUUCAGCAAGUAAGAAAGAAGAACCACUUCCUAAACAACUUCAGCAUUCCCCAACUCUCAGAAACACAAAUGAGGAGCUUAACAAAGACUCCUAUUACUUGACUGCCUGUAGUGAAUAUGCUGAUAGUAAUACACAUAACUUAAACUUUAAAGAAGGAGAAAAUAGGUCCUUAAAAAGGAGCCAUAGUGAUUUGGGGUUAAAUACUAUUAAUUGUAUUAAAACUAAAAUCUUCCAUGUCAGCAAUGAUCAUCAACAUAGCAAUAUUGCUGCCAACUUCCCUACUUCAGAAGUAUAUGAUAACUUCAACCAACCUUCCAAGGAUGAGGGAGUAGAGUCUACCACAUCAGGAAACUCACAGUCUACUUACAUCACAUCUAACAUCUUGUAUAAAAGAGCUGGAAAUUUCAGUACUGAGCAACAAGGUUUCUUUAACUUCCUUAGUGAGAAUGGUGAAAAACAAAGUUUGCCUUUUUUAUGUGGUACGGAAAUAUGUACACCACCAAGAUACCCAAGAAAAUCACUUCCAUUUAGUAGCCCAUCAGAUUUCUUAACUAAAUUUGCUCCUGCAGACACAUACAAGUUGUCAGGUACUAGUUCAGCAGAGAAUCCCCUAUCACAAGAAGAUUGUAAAAUUCCAGAUCAUUUGCAGGGAUCGGCUAAGAGUGGUAUAGAAACCAAUUUGUCAGACUUGUCCCUCCUGCCUUCAAAGAUAGGUAUUAGUACUGGUGUAGAUGAGGAUCCCGUAUGUAAUGAAGACUUCAAGGAACUCUGUGAAUAUAAGUUCCAAGAAAAAUCAUAUCUCGGCUAUUACACAAACAUACCCGUGCAGAGACCACCGAAUGUCAUCCAACAGUUGCACACACUGGCACUAAAAACAGAUACACCAAAGCAACCACCAGCUAGUGUGCAAUCUGCUCUUCCUCUACAAUUAGAAACCGCUAGUAUUAAGUCACACAUGCUUGACAAACAGCCCAAUGUAAUCAGUAUUCAAUAUAACAGAGAGGGUAAUAGUUUUCGUUGUGGUCAGCAAAUAUCAGUAAAUCGGCAGCUUCCGUUAAAUGACCUCUCACAAGAUUUGCAACCUGGCACUACAAAUCCACUCGUUGAAAUCCCCAUCAGAUCAUACUUAAGAUCCCCAAAUCCAUUAGUCUCGCAGAAUUUAGAACUCGGUACAUCAGAAGUUGGAACUCCUAAACCGGCACUGAAAGUAAAUGUAGCAUUUUCACCAACUGAAACAUUGGAAUGUUUUGAAACUGAAUCAUUCAUCACUCCAGUAGGAAGGCACUAUAUAUUACCUGUAGAAGCUCCUAGGAAAACUUUGCAUCCAACGACCAGACAACAUCCGCCUCGAUGCAGACGCAGCCUUGCCAGGCUGUUUGAUGAGAAAGAUGCAUGCGUUACCCCAGUAGCUGAUACUCCACCAGAUACUCCCAAUAGGUAAGGAUUUUCCUGAUCAGCAUUAUUAUUAUAAUCAUGGAAAACUCUUAAUUUUGUGAGUUCAUACACCACCUGGGGAAAGGGAGGUACUCGUGAUUCCAGGAAGGAAAGGGCAGCGCCAGUUCCUUGGAUCAAGAGACCUCCCUACGAUUUCCUUAGCCUUUAAUCGUUUAAUAAAUUUUCAAAUUACAGUAUUUCAAAUACUACUACUGUACUUUUUUCAGUACCAAAUAUA